AUGGAGUGUACGUCUCGGUUCAAAUCCGAGCUAUGCGCUCCCCCGACUAAAUCGGUGACUUGCGAAAAUGGUGGUUACCCUCAUCCGCUCAACUGUCAAAAGUGCGUCUGCCCGCGUGGUUAUAGUGGCGUUCGCUGCACUGAGAGGCCGGACAACGGAUGCGGAAGUACAGUAACUGCAUCGCCCGAGUGGAAAAACCUCACAGAUUCCAUAGGUGACAAGGACAGCUUCUCUACCAGGGUCGAUUUUAGCACAUGCAACUACUGGAUUCAAGUGAGCAUCCCCUUUACCAUUGGUCCUCAUUGUGGUGAACUCUCUUGCGGCCACUCGACUCAAUUCAAAUUCAUAAUUCAAAAGCCAGAGAAAUAUUCUCCCAAUGGAACCGAGAUUGAAGUUGAGAUUUUGAAAAUAUAUAAUCAGUACGAUACCGAUGGGUGCCCAUACGCUGGCGUAGAAAUCAAAACAAACAAGAAUCAGCAACUCACAGGCUACAGGUUUUGCUCCCCCUUUGCAAAAGGAAUCACUCUCCGCUCCUACACAAACCGAGUCCCUAUAAUUACGUACAACAGGGCCCAUCUAACAAAAGUGGUUCUGCGAUAUCGCUCUGUUGAUCCGAGCCAACCUCGUCCGACUUACCAGACAGUUAAACCAUUUCCUACCACUACUGUCGCCACAACCCCAACCACUACCACAUCUACCUCCGCUAUCAUGGAUUUCCGGAAAUCAGGGCGCAGAUGUGUGGAUCAACCAAAGUAA